GCAGAGGUGUGUGUCCGUGCGUUCAGAUGUCACAACCUACUUGCAUGAUUGUACACAUCGCCAAAGACGGAGUACUCUGGUUCCAUUCUCUAGCUGAUUCGCUAGCUAUCGCUAGUUGUCCGCUCUGGUGGUAGGGAGUCUAGUCUGAUUCAGUACAGGCAGUGCAGCGAUAGCGGGCUGGUGUUAUUCGAAGAGUCCAAAACCAAAGGGACGUCAUUGAGAAACUGGGUCGCAGCGUCACACAGUGAACACGCGCAUCUCCUGUAAACAGGAUAGUGCUAUAUGAACACAACGUAAGACAUGCUACAGAGAUUGUGAAGCUGAGAAAUGGAUGAUGACGAAACUUCAGCCAUCACCCCAGUGUCCACAUCCAUGGAUUCGCCGUCAGCACUGGCAGGAGACGAGCAAGUAUCCGCAAGUGUCUCCUCUACAUCAGCAGCAGUACCAGUAGCAGCAGAAAGUGAAGGGGAUUUCCCUUUCACACACCCCAGUGCAAACAGUCCAGCAUCACCAAUUACUAGUUUUGUUGAUACGUACGUACAGCAUGCAACACAGCAUAGCCACAGCAGCAGCACCAUCAGUGGUGACAACAGCAACUUCACGUAUCCAGUUCAGGAUGCAGCAGCGUAUGGUCAUCGUCUACAGAAUCCAAUCACUGUAUCACGUAUGUUGGAGAGGAUACAACCAACAACAGCAUCAGGUCAGUUUGUUCGUAAUGUUGUCUCAUCCACUGGUGGUCACUGUGACCUGUCUCAACUGUCAUCAGAGCUGGACACUGCCGACUUGGUCUCGUCUGGUCCUGGGCAAGUGGAGAGUCAUAGCUUAUGGCCACAAUGAGCACCGGCAUUAUCCGAAGCAGGAGCAACUCUAUCAGAGGCUGACAUAGAACCAAAUACAGCAUACGCCAGAAUUGCAGAACACGAUGCAGGUCUCUCAUCAUGUCUUCCUCUGGCAUGUCCGUCAUCGUCAAGUUUGGAUCCAAUUCGUGAUAAUCUAUACCUUGCAGCAACAAGUGGCAGUUAUACACAGGUACUGCAAGAUACCAUACCACCCUUGUCUUCCAUCACAUCACCUACAUAUUACCAACAUCAAAAACACACCCUGCAACAGCAACAACAGCAGCAACAACAGCAGCAACAAGAGCAGCAGCAGGGCCACCAGAACCUGCAGCAGCAGCAACAGCAGGAACAGCAUCACCACCAGCACCACCAACAGCGGGACCAGCACCACCAGCAUCAGCAGCACCAGCAGCAACACCAGCAGCAGCAGCAUCACCACCGGCAGCAGCACCGGCAGCAGCGGCACCAGCAGCAGCAGCAGCAGCAUCACCACCAGCAGCAGCACCAGCAGCAGCAGCAGCGGCACCAGCAGCAGCACCAGCAGCAGCAGCAGCACCAACAGCAGCAGCGGCACCAGCAUCACGAGCAGGCCGGACAGCAUCACGACUUCCAGUCGUCUGCUUCACAGAUGUUUGCAAGGAUUCCAUUGUCGACGGAUGUCGGCACACGAUUUUUAGACUUCAACCAAUCCUCCCCUAGCCGCCAGAGUCAUGGUGAACUCUUGCAGCAGCCGCCAGAACUUGCCUCUACAUUUCCACAUCAUCCAGGCAAAGAACAAACUUUGCCGUCAGCCACAGCAGACACCGUAACAGCAACAACAACAGUAUCAGCGCGCAGAGCAGCCAAUAG